UCUCAGAAUAAAGGUCCCACGAUGACUUCUCCAUCUCCUGGCCCAGAAGUGAUGUUGCGCAUUUACGACUUCGAGAACGAUAUCUUUGUUGAUACUGUCCUAUUGGGGCAAGUGGUGGAGCUGGAAAUAACUAUUCGAGAUGGAAGAACGUACCAAGGCAGUGUUUCCGACUGUGACGCUUUCAACAACAAUGGAACUAAAUUUCCUGUUGUCCGGAAUUUUUGCCCGGUAGAUCUCUCCGUAUCAGACAAAGUAUACGUGGAUGACCAGAGCAGAACUACUGGUGACUAUUACCUCUACAUUCCAUUUCGAGUGUUUCGAUUUCUGGAUGGCUCAAAGGUCAGGUUCAGCUGCAACGUAAUCGUCUGCCAGCAUGAUUGCCCCUGGGCAGAUUGUGGAGACUACUUAGGCAUGUCAUACGGAAGGAAAAAAAGGUCAACUUCAAUACAUGGUGAAACAGAUCCAGGCAGAACUUUGACUGUAACGAACGAAGUCACAGUCAUGGAUGAAGACCACAGGAUACCGAGAUCAUCUGGUACAGGUAUUGUGGAAGAAGAACUUCCUCCACCAAAAGCUCCAUCUUCGCAGAAUGGGAGUCCUGCUUCUGCUUCAAAAAGCAUUCUCCCAGCACCGAUAGAAUAUCUGAUUGGAGGUGCUGCUCUUGUUGUCUCUCUUUUAGUUUCAGUCUGUGUGAACAUUUACCUCCUGCUUUUUAUCAGAAGGAAACUGGAUCGAAAUAGUGACUCAGAAAGCACAAGAGCUCCAUCUGUGCAUGAAUCUCCAUUUACGGACACACUCUUCAGAAGCAAUCUUUAUGACUAUUAUAAUCCAAAAUUGGAGUGGAAAUUCGAGUCCAGAGAGAUAUUAUAUCCCCCAAUGCCAAUUCGACAUGCUAGAACUAGUAGAAGGUCACAUAGUUUUCGGUAUUAGGAUGAAUAAAAAAUCCAUUCUUAUAUUACUAAGAGAGAAAGGAGGUGAAAGGAAUAUUUUGCUCAAGUAUUUUCUGAAAAGGGAGUGAAGUCUUUGAAUUAAUAACCUUCCUUUCACUGAAGAAAAGUGGUAACUGCCUAAUCUUAAAAGGCACAUCCGAUAUAUUACCCAGAUAUUCAGCUCAUACUGUAAAUUGGUUUAAGAAUCAGUUACAAUAUCAGUUAAUUAACAUUCAUAUUAACUAACAUUAAGUAAGAAAAAAAGGUAACUAUGCUUCCGGGGGGGGGAAUAUCUUAUGACUCUUAUGUUAAAUUUCAAUUCGCUAUUUUUACACACACUAAUACUAAAAUAUCUGAUACUAUUUUACGAUUGUGGUUUCAGGUGUUUCAGACUCUAGUUCUUCCUUCACUUUAGGUUUAAUAUAUUUAUUUUAUUGCCCUUUUAUUCUCUUAAACUUCAUAUUUGAUUCAUUUAUGCAAUUAGUUUUUGUUACUUCUAAGGAAUUCAUUUCUAAUAGACACACUUUAUAGUUCUUUAUACACAUCAGUUAAAAUAUAGAUGAAUCAGCACUUUGCUUUUGGUUAAAUUGUGAUUGUAUACGGUUAUUAUCAUUUUCCUUUUUAGUUUUAUAGCUCAUAGUGGAUUUUUUUAUCAAAAUUUAUACAUAUAAAACAGGUUUUCCUUUUUUUCUGUUCCCCCCAUACAUAUGUAUUUAUAAUGCAUAUAUGCAUUAAAUUUACAAAAUAGAAACAAUGCAGAAUACAGGAAUGUAAUGAGCUUUUUCUCUUCCGUUAAGAAUAAAGCAUAAUUUUCCCAAUACGUUUUUAAUCUACAAAAAUCAUUCUUGUAAAACAGACUAUAAAAGUUGCCAGACAAAGGAUGAGAUAGUAGAAUGAGUAGAAAGCUAUAAAUAAGGGAACUGUAGCAAUAUGCAAAAAUAUUAAUUUCCUAACAAUGAAUUAAGGAUUCAUAAAAUAGUUAUUGAUUAAUGAAAAUAAAAUACCAUUAUUUUCUUCAUUUUUUAGUAAUUAAUAAGAAAUGUCAGCUUUGAUUCUUCACUAUUUAAUUUUUAAGACUAUAAUCUAAUUGCUCAAGAAAUAAAUAUAUAAAAAUACCUAUAAUAAUUAACAGAUGAUGUUUAACAUUGAUAGUUAAAUAAACACUUUUAGCAUACAUCAAACAGCAUAAACUAUUCCAAUUGUUUUAAUAAAUACUGCCAGUUUAAUGGGAGAUAACUUUCAGAUUAUAAUGAUAAACUGCAUAUUGAUAUAAAAUAUAGGUAAAUUUGUAAAGUUAUCAUUUAAAUUAACUACUUAUUUAUAAUUUCAGUCUUUACAAUAAGUUUUCAUUUCCUCACCAGAAUGUAAAUGAGUUUAGCUGGUAUUUAAACUGAGCUUUUCGGAUUGCAAGACAGACAGUGUUUCUUUGCAUGUGCGGUACCUUUGAUUCCUGCCAGCUCUGAUGAGUUGCAAUUAUUCAGUUUUCCGUUAUAUCGCUCCCGACAUUUAAAUUUGAUAUGCCACUAGUGUUACUGAGCCAGUUUUAGAGUAAGGUUUAAAUUGUAUAAUCUUUACUAGUAUCCAAAUUUUAAACUAAAUUUCACUUUUCCUGUAGUUGCAUCACCAGAAGCUGUGGUUGAUAUUGUCAGAAUAAGAUCAUGCAUUUAUGUUUUAAUUUCUGUUUAAUAAAUAAAGGUUAUUAAAACCUUUCCAUGGCUUAACGACGAUUCGCUGGAUGUCUGAUGGGAUUACAAGUUUCAGAUCAAGUAAAACCUCACAAAUUUGAAAAUAAUGUUCCUAUUCCUGGUGUAUCUUUUAUUUUAAAUAGUACCUGAUAUCAAUUAAAACAUAUCUAAUUUAUUUAUUUAUUGCAUAUUUACACCAUAACUAUAAUAAACAACUAUUUCUCUAACACCAUAUAUUAUGUACUUGACUAUAGAAUAAUCAUUUGCAGACGAUUUGGCUACAACAUAUUUUUUAACUCAUUACUAAAUGUCACUUUCAUGUCAUCAGAAAAACGAGUUUUUGCUUCAACUACAAAAUUUGAUAUAUAACACUAGUUUUAUCUUGUAUCGAAUUGGAAAUGUUGCAUUAAAAAAAUUUGCAUAAUUUAAUUUUAUUUCAUUUCUUCUGAAUGCUAUUUUAGCUGAACUAGAUUAUCGUCUAUUUAAGGUUUGCAGAAUCAUAAUUAAAUAUAGAGGAUUUAUAUAUCUGACAUUACCAUACAAUUUACUUAUUGUUUACACUUGUUUGUUCAUACAUCAUUGGAAAAGCAAAUAACUCAAGUCAUUACUAAUGAAACCAAAAAAUUAUCAAGUAUCGGUCAAUGAGUCACGAUUUUGUUUCUGACAAAGAGGAUGGAAUAAAAGGAGAUGCCUUCCUCCUACUAUGGUUGCUGAACUUUGAUAGCCGAAAAGGGUGUGGCAAUUUUGUUUACAUCCAGAGCAUGUUACCUUGACAGCAGUUUGGUAGUACUUCGAAGCAAAUCAAAAAGCAAGCACACUUUUUGUACAAAAAAAAUAUUCACUCCUGGGUGAAUAAUAAUAGUUUGUAUAGUUUAGAGGCAUUUCCACACAAAUCGCAUCUUGGGUAUCUUUCAAUAAUUUGCAAUAGCAAUUUUGAUUAUGAAUUUGUUUUAUAGAAUUCUAAGCUACUGGACUACAAAAAUAUAUUUUAGCCAAACGUUAAUGGUAUGUAUAAAGAAGGAUAAAUACCUUACCUUUAAAAUGUCAAAAUAUAGCAAAAAUAUAGCAUACUUGAAAGCUAUUUCCUUAUAACUAACUGGUAAAUGAGCGAAAAUUUGUACACUUCUUUCGAUGCCUUUGUUAGUAUAUUUGCUACUUUUAUGUUCCAAAUAUCAAAAUGCUUAAAUAAAAUAUAUUUUUAUCAUCUAUUAAUACUGUAAUAUGCACAGCACUCAGCAUAGUAGAUAAACAAAUUCCUAUUUUUAACUGUUUCUCUUCUUUUUCUUUGGGGUCGGGGGGUUAAAAUAAAAAUUAUUAUCAGUAAUUAACAGAGUUAAGGAUAAAAUAUCAAACCAAAGUUCUCUCUGUCUUUUUAAAUUUUAUUUAGCAACAUUUUUAAUUGAUGACUAAAUGUAAUACAAAAUUAUGAAAAUGAAAAAUCUUUGUUAUUCAAUAAGUAUACUGUUAAAUGAAAUGCAGUCAAUUUUUAUUUCUUAAUCUAAUUCCUAAUAAAAGAAGGAGAGAUUGCACAGUGGUCUGCUAAUUUUAAAACAUUUCCAUACAUGAAAAAAGCAUCAUUUACAUUAUUAAUUGGUAUUUCGAUAUAUGUUAUUAAUUACAGUUUCGAUAUAUAUUAUGCAUUUGUUACAUUUUGGAUUUCCUAGCAAUGAGUAACUUUCAGAUAUUUAUAAAUUUAGAUCAAUUUACUUCAAAAAAUGAAACGAUGUUAGUGUGCAAAGUAAAGCAAUUAGAAUUGUGAUCUGAUGACAAUGAGGCUAGUGUUUAAAUGCGAAAUGCGACUCGUUAUUAAUUAUAUUAUCAGAGACUGGUACGGGACAGAGGCAGAGAUAUUAAUUAUAUUAAAGUGGAUAAAAUUUGCUAAUAGAGGUAUUAAAUGCUCUGCCAAAAUAUAUUUACUAGAAAAUUUGAAUGAUAAUAAAUGCAUUCGAGGAUAUGUUUUUAAGCCAAAAGUUUGCAACUUGGUGGCUAAAUGUAAAAUUAUGCAUGUUAAAGUAUUUGUAAUUUAGGACACAGGUCAGGUUAAGUUUUUUAAAUAAUGGAAAGGAUGCAAGUGUUAUCUGCCAAAGGGGAGAGACGUUCAAAUAAAAAAAAAUGACUUAAU